CCCUCAAAAUCUCUGCCCCGCCCCGCCCUUCGUCUUCGAUUCUCAAAAUUCUCUCCUCAUCCGUCCUAAUAUUUAUAAAAAAGUUUCAAUUUUUUUUAUCGAUUUAUUAUAUAUAUUAUAUAAUUUUUGGAUGAGAUUAAAAUUUUUAGAGGGAGAGAGAGAAAGAGAGAGAGAGAUCCCUAACGCACAAUCAAAAAUUCAAAAUCUCUAAAUCUCUCGCAAAUAUGGCAUUUCACGUAGCUUGUCCAAUUACAUGUCGAAGGAUUUGCUUCUGUCCGCUAGGAUUUGCGCCAGCUUUGCAGAAUGGGGGAGCUAAGAAUGAGUUUCUUGAUGGGGUGCUUAAGGUGGAGGAGUUUGUCAAGGAUCCUUGGGGAAUUAGGGUUAGAGAUGGAAAGGGAACGACAGUUCAGGUGUGGGUUCCGAAGGUUGUGCCGCCACCUCCACCAGUGCAGCCUGUUGGGGUUGUUGGUGAGGCGUUGGGUGGAGCUGAUGGGGUUGAUGAGAUGGCGGCGGCGAUGUCGGCUCAGACAAAGCGUAUUGCUCUUCAGCGUAAGGCUGCUGCUGCUAUGAUUGCUGCUGAGGACUAUGCCAGGCGGUUUGAGUCUGGGAAUUUAGUGGAUGCCUCCGGUAACGUUGUGGGUGAAGAGCAGGGGCAAUCCAAUGUGAAUGUAAUGUGUAGAAUAUGUUUUUUUGGUGAAAAUGAAUCUAGUGAGAGAGCAAGGAAGAUGCUUUCAUGCAAAACUUGUGGGAAGAAAUACCAUCGCAGUUGCUUGAAAUCAUGGGCCCAGCAUAGGGAUCUAUUUCACUGGAGUUCUUGGACUUGCCCUUCCUGCAGAGCAUGUGAGGUAUGCAGAAGAACUGGUGAUCCUAAUAAAUUCAUGUUCUGCAAAAGAUGUGAUGGUGCUUACCAUUGUUACUGUCAGCAUCCGCCUCACAAGAAUGUAAGUUCUGGACCCUAUUUGUGUCCAAAGCACACAAGGUGUCACAGCUGUGGGUCUAAUGUUCCUGGAAAUGGUCAAAGUGUGAGGUGGUUUCUCGGAUAUACAUUUUGUGAUGCAUGUGGUAGAUUAUUUGUGAAGGGAAACUACUGCCCUGUGUGUUUGAAGGUUUAUAGAGAUUCAGAAUCUACUCCGAUGGUUUGCUGUGACAUUUGCCAGCGAUGGGUACACUGCCAUUGUGAUAGUAUCAGUGAUGAAAAAUACCUACAGUUUCAAAUAGAUGGGAAUCUUCAAUACAAAUGCACUGCCUGUCGUGGAGAAUGUUAUCAGGUAAAAAAUCUUGAGGAUGCCGUUCAAGAGAUUUGGAGAAGAAGGGAUGAAGCUGAUCGUGAUCUAAUUGUUAACUUGAGGGCUGCUGCUGGAUUACCCACACAAGAUGAAAUAUUUUCCAUUUCACCUUACUCAGACGACGAAGAAAAUGGUCCUGCGGUUGUUAAGAAUGAGUUUGGACGUUCGUUGAAACUAUCUCUGAAGGGGUUUGCUGACAAAGUGCCUAAGAAGAGCAAGGAUUAUGGAAAAAAGUCAUUGAAUAAGAAGUAUGCAAAAGAAAAAGGAACUCCUUUAGCCAAUCAAUCUGAACUAGAUCAGGAUUUUGAAGUGCGAAAUGAUGUUCAACAAUCUGGUUUUGGUGAAGGCAAUGAGAAGAACGGUGGUUUGCUACCCCAAAAUAAUAAUGAAGGACUGGACACUUCUCCCGUUGCUGGGAGUCUUAGCCACAAUGAUGGGACGUGCUCUGUUAAUCAACCAGGGGUCUUGAAACAUAAAUUUGUGGAUGAGGUAAUGGUAAGUGAUGAAGAAAAAACCUCAAAAAUUGUUCAAAUCAAGGCCAGCAAAGCUCAGGGUUUGGAUACUGGAGAAGAUUCAGGAAAAUAUGCCAGCAAGUCAAAGACAGCUAAAGGAAAGAAGCUGGUAAUAAAUCUAGGUGCACGUAAAAUUAAUGUUGCUACUUCCCCGAAGUCUGAUGCUUCAAGUUGCCAAAGAGGACAAGAUUUGGUUGUCUCUAAUGGAGAAAAAGUGAAUAACUCCAGCCAAUCAACAGGACUGAAGGCUGGGGAAACAGAGAAUAGCCUUCCUAGCGUUGGAAAAGUUAGAUUUGGAUCUUCUGACACAAAUACUACUUUUGGCAGAGGAAAUACUGCUAGUGGAUCUGAAGUUGGUCCUCCAGAUGGCACUCGCGUAUUUUCUCGUAAAAAAAACAUGGAAGGAAGCACACCUGCAGUUGGUUCCCUUGGUGGCGUUUCCACAAUAAAAGAAGAGAAGGUACCUUCAGGAAAGCAACUUGAAAGUGGAUCUCAUAUAUGCAAUGAUGGACAUGAUGAUAAUGGACAGACACCUUUGCCACAGUCUUUGCCCAGAGACUCAAAACCUUUGUUGAAGUUCAAAUUUAAGAAACCUCCCCUUGAAAAUCAAAUUUCUUGUCAUGAGGAAGAAAAAAGUCUUGUCAAAGGCCAGCGGUCAAAAAGAAAAAGACCAUCGCCAUUGAUGGAGAAAAUACCCUUCAAUGAAGUGGAAGACUUGACACGGUCUCAUCAAGAUAAUCUAUUGGACGAUGCUAAUUGGAUUCUCAAAAAAUUGGGAAAAGAUGCAAUAGGAAAGAGGGUUGAAGUUCAACAUCCAUCAGACAAGUCAUGGCAGAAAGGAGUGGUUCGUGAUAUGAUCGAUGGCACAUCAACAUUAUCAGUUGUCCUUGAUGAUGGUAGAGAAAAGACACUGGAACUUGGCAAGCAAGGAAUUCGCCUUGUUCCUCUUAAGCAAAAGAGAUCGAAAUCAUGAAGGCUGAAGCUAGACCCCCUAAUUAUACCAUGUUGGGGUUUUCUUCUCCAUUGUAUAUGCAGUGUGUAUGGAGAUGAUUCUUUCGAGGACCUGAAGGAGAAAGCAAACAGUGGCUUUCUGAUUGCUUGUGGGGAAGCUGACUUCUAACUCGAGCAUUUCAUGGAGGGCUGAUCCUUUACCCCCUUUGAAGAAUUGGGUAGGCAGUCUCUUCGAAUCAGUUUCCUUGUAGUUCUUUAAAGCUGUCUGUCAUUUUGGUAAAAUUAUAAAGUUUUAAUUUUAGGAUACCAUUGUGAUAGAAUAGGGAAUGGUGGACACAGUCGGCUUAAAUGGCCAUUUGAGUUGUUAUUGAAUAGGACUCUUGUUCAAUGAAAGUAUGAGAAUUUUUUA